AUAAUUUUUUAAGAACUCAUAACUAAGAACUUUUUAUCUUUCUUUCUCUCAACUAUGUUCUUAUAUCUACUUCUAAAACCAAUUUUUUAUUGUCUCCUAAGCCAACUCUUUGUGCAUACGAUUUAUCCUGAGAUCUAUUAUGAUAUGAUAGAUCCAGGGGCAGAUGUAAGAAGGGAGUAGAGGGGUCAGUUGACCCCAUCUCAUUUUUUAAAAUAUAUGUAUUCUUGUAGAUAAGUAAUGUGCUGAUCCCAUAAAAAUAUUAUUUCUAAUCCCACAAAAAUUUAAACAUACCAAAAAGUAAAUGAUAAAAUUUAAUUACCUAAUUUUGAUCCCGGUAAGAAAAAGUUCUGGCUCCGCCACUGGAUAGAUCAUAGAUACAUGAUAUGAUAUCAUGGAUCUACCAGUUUCACUGGCUUGAACGUUUUGUAGAGCUUCACUGGUUGAAACUUCAACUUCAUGCACAACGUCUCACGCGAGUGAGAAGAGAGACGUGAGAACCGGGCAAUAAGCCACGCUCUCUUUGUUUGAUAUUUUGUUACAGAUCCCUAUAAUAUUUUUUGGAUGUUUCAUAAGAGUUUGCAAGUACACAUGACUAGCGUUGUUAAUUACCAAUAAGUAUUUUGCUAGGAAGAACAAGAGUUGUUAAUCAAGGGUGAAUCUAUCUUACAUAUAAAACUUGUCCUAGGAUGUUUGUAAAUAACAUGAUGGUCCUCGGGAGUUUUAAACGUUUUCACCUAAAUACAACUACAAAGGUAGAUCGAUUUUAUUUAGGUCAAGUUUAAAACUCUUAACAUUUGCUAACUGUAAAACGACACUAUUUGCUAAACUGUUUUGUAUAUCGGAUUUUUUUUUUGUAACAAGAAACGGAUAAAUUUUGCAAAUAGCCGUGAUAGAAUGUCAUCAAAGACACCAGAUAUAUGCAGAUUAAUUUAUUUUCGGAUAUGCUUAUUGAUGUAUCUAUAAUUUGUUGUUAAUUGUACAUGAUUAAUAAUAUUUGCUUGCUUCUGCUCUAUAAAAGUAAAGCAAGAACAGCCGGAUAUUUGAUAACAAGGUAAAGAAAAACAUCAACUCGCUAGAGGUUUUUUGGGUUUAUUAUCUCAAAAGUCUCUUGUUUGAAUUUACAGAAAAGGAGGUCAACGUUAUUGAUCUUUUUGAGAGUAAUCUUUAAGCAGAUCUCAUCUUAACCUAAAAUAUGUCAACAUAAUUUUUUUUUUAAAAAAAAAUUGUUUUUGCUAAAAGUUUUCCAAACUGAAGUUCCACGAAAAGGGACAUGUUGUUAAUGCAUAUUGUGGCUAGUAUGUGUUCGAGUGCAUGUAUAACAUGUAUGAGCAUAAAGUAAAGAACACAUAGAGAUUUGUUAACGGGGUUCGUUUUCUACAUCCCCGGGACCACGUCCAGAAACCAUUUACUAGAAAAGGCCGGAACCUACAAUUGCUAUAUGGUAUCCGGCACACACACUUGUGCCUACCACUCUUAUCUAGUUUACAAUGGUUAGAGCAACUACUACUCAUUGUUAUUAUGAAGAGCAUAGUUCUCUAUAACUAAACCACCAACAGAUCUCGCCAUCUGCCUGGUGGGACGACGCCACACACCUGUGUGCCUCUCUCAAGAAUACCCUGGGCGCGUGCCUUUUUUCUUUGACGGCCUCCUGGUAUUUAUCUGAUUGCCAAAACCCUAAACCUAGGACUUUUAGCAAUCUUUCCUUUUUCUUCUCUUAAGAAUAAGGAAGUUCUUCCUCAUCUUAAAUAUAUAACUUAAGAUGUUUAUCCAACUCAAUAGCCACGUCUUGGCUUGUAUAAGUCGAGCCCAUGUUAUCCACUUCUGUAUUUCAGUAGUCGCCUCACAGCUUAGCUUCCUGAAUGACUUCAUGUACCACUUCUUGUACUACUUCCUGUACUACCACGUCUUUUAAUUUGGCAUAUAUCAUGAUCACUUCUGAUAGCUUCUCAAGCCAGUCAGCACUACAUCUUCACAUGUUAGAUAAUCUGCACUUCCAACAAAAAAAAAGGUUAUAUCCACGAGUGUUUUCACUACUACCCAGUAAUUGCUUUUUGAAAAUUGGUGCCAAAACUCAAGUUAGAUUCUAAACUAGGAAAAUGAACACUUUAAAGAAAAGAUUCUGAAUCUGUCAAAUCUUUCUUAUAGAACACAAUGUGUUUUUUUUAAACAGUGAACACAAUGUUUAGUGUUCAAUUUAUAAUCCUUAUUAGAAUCAAAUUUGAGUUAUGGUACCAACUUCCACCGCCAUUAUAUAGAAAAAAACACUCGUAGAUAUAACCGUUUUUGUUGGAAGCGCAGAUAAUCGUUUUGGAAUCAAAGCUUCAUGCAAUUGAUCAAUCAUGUCCUCUUUUACGUCGCCUUAAUUUAGAAAUAAAUUCACUACCAAAACAUUUUUAGAAAAAGGUAUACUGAAAUUUGUGGAAGUUUUAUAACGAUCUGAGAAAAUAAAGCUGUCAUUGCUAGUAAAACUUCACACACUUGUCGAUUGGCACAUGUUAUAUAUAUCUUAUGAAAAACGUCUCUGGCAAGUAAUCUGCACAUGUUAUAUUUUGCUAGUAUUCUAUCAUUUCGUUCAUUUCUAAGUAUUUUGCUAAAGAACUGUCGCCUAAGGGAGAAUAUAGUCUCAUUAUGUAUGAUGGAUUGUCACUUGUUUGGCUUAAGUUCCCUUUAGCAAAAUGUUGAUUACUAAUGGAGCAGAGAUUGGAUCAUAUACAGUGAUACUCCCACAUUCAUACAACAAUCAGAACAAGACAGAUACAUCCUUAAGUAAAAACUUUCAUCUCUCCCUAAUUGUUAUCCCCUUCGAUUCAGCUUUAUAUUAGUUUAGUGGUUUGGUAAUGAUUUGUUGAAUCAGUGUCUUAUACAUAAUCCAGAUAAUGGUGGUGAUCUGAGACGUCACCUGGAGAAGUUAGUAGAAGCUGAAAAAGUUCAAGAUUUCAUCAAGAAGAACCAUUUUGGACAAGAAGCUAUUUCGAAACCAAGUGAAUCUUGGGAGUUUUAUAGAGAGGCCAUUGGUAUGCACAUACAUAUACGCAUUUAGAAAAGCUGGUAGAGAAGAGAGAAUUGGUGCAUGAGCGUAGCUGAAAUGAACAUAGAUGUUGUUAGAGCUUCUGUUUUGGUUCAUGCCUUAGAUUUGCAGAGCUUUAUUCUCAGAGCUCGAGUGCUUACACUUUACAGACAAGCAUUGAAGAUAGCUCAGAGAGCUCCUCCUCAUGCUAGAGAUUCGUGUUCUUGUAUAUUGAUGGGACGAUGUUGGUUCGCUUAAUGUUGAAGCGCUUUGCGAGUUGUAUAUCGAUGGGACGAUGACCGUGAAACCGGGUACGCAGACCGUGUCAAUUGUUGGGUCGAACCGGUUUGGUCUAUACGGGUCGGAAUUUGGGUGGGGAAAACCGGUUGGCUGUGAGACUGUGUUCAUUGACUGUGACGAAGCGUUUUCUAUGUCUGAGAGGAGGGAUGAGCCUGGUGUUGUGGAAAUUGAGGCCUUUGUUUGAAAAAGUGUGAGAUGGAUUUGUUUGUUUUUCUAUUUCAAAAUGGUUUGAUAAAUUAAACAUUUUAUUAUUUGGCUUUUAAUAAUUGGUUAAAAGAUUAAACAUUUUCUAUCAUUGCCUGCAACUGUAACCUUGCAAACUUUUGAUAGUGGUUAUUAGUGAAAAGUAGUAUUGUGUGAUGAUCUUCAGUUUGCACCUUAAUAUUAGAUUUACAAAAAUAAGAAGCCCACAAAUAUGUUUGCUCAAAAGAAAAGAAAAGAAAAAAAGAGAAGUCCACAAAUAUGCAUAUGUUUUAAAUUUACUGAAUUUAAUUUUUUACGGGUUAAAAUUCCAGUCAAAAACAGAAAAUAACACACACAACUUUGAUUAGGUAAAAAGUAAGUAAAUUUUAACUAAUAUCUUCUACAUCAUGGAUUAGCAACAAAGUAUAUUAUUGAGUGCUGCAAGGAAUUGUGAGAUCAUUUCUCCAUUAUCUGCUACUUUUUUAUAUAUUUUUCCCUUAUAGGUCCGGCCUAUUAUGAAUAAUUACCUAAAGUUAAAGAUGUCUGGCGUCCCUUCAAAGUCGAACCCCCAUCCUGAAACUUAAGAAAGACGCACAUAAUCAUAAAAUACGUGGAACGAUUUGUCAGUAUUAUUGCGACAACUUGUCCUAUGGACCCUAUCGAUCCCGGAGACCCCAGGUUCACAGUUCUGUAAGGCACCAAUUUUAAUCCCUCAUAGGUGAAUCUUCACUGAUUUUUCCAUGUAGGUUAUUGAUACGCUUGACGUUACUCGAACCCAAGAACUCACCCUUUAACAAUUCUCACACAGGACAAGCUGCCACCAAUUGAAAUAUAAAUUAAUUGGUGACAUCUUGUCAUGUGGAAGAAUUAUUAAAGAGUGAGGUCUUGGGUUCGAGUAAUGCCAAGCGCAUCAAUAACUUACUGGGGGAGUCCGUGAGGAUUCACAUGUGAGGAGUUAGGAUCGGUAACCUGCAGGACUGUGAGUCUGGAGUCCAUGGGAUCGGUAGAGUCUACAGGCAAAGUUGCACAAAAAAUCAAUUUUUAUGUGACAACCCAUCCCGCGGACGUUGUUUAAUAGUCCUGUAGGACACCGAUCCUAACUCCUCACAUGUGAGUUUUUCCUGACUCUCUCAUAUAAAUUACUGAUGUGCUUAAUAUUCUUCGAACCUAAGACCUCACAUUUUAAUAAUACUCUUACAGGACGAGCUCGCGGAGGUCCGAGAAAACGGGAUGGAUUGUCACAAUUAUGCCCUUAAUUCUUUAGUCUAAUGCGGUGCCUAAGCACCAUCUUUCCCGGCCCUGUAUAUAUUACUUUUUUUUGGUAAAUUACACGUAACAAAGUAUUAGAAUUCAAAUGUUUUUUUUGUUGACUAUCAUUUUCCGACAGAAUAUAUCGCUUUCCAGAGUUUUUUUUGUCUGUGCACUUCAUAAUUUGGUUUGAUUGCUUUGCUUUGCUUAGCUUAGCUGUUGUGAUGCAAUGAGAGAAAGACAAAUGUGUGAAUGUCUGGAACGUAAACGUGUCAAACACACAGAGGAAUGACGCCAACAGAUUUUGGCAAGUUGGGUUAAGAGUGGCCUGAAUCUGAUCUGUUGUCAUUCUUAGUGAUCAAAUAAUUUAUUUUAUUUAAAAGUUUUCUAUUUAUGUCAAAAUUCUUAUUUAAUAAAUAUUAAUAUGAAUUUCUAACUAAAUAAUAUUCUCUCUGUUUCAAAUUAAUUGUUGUUAUAGAGUAUAAUUUUUUGUUUCAAAAUAAAUGUCGUUUUAGAAUUUUAAUGUAAAAUUUAUUGAUAAUAUUUUCUAUUUCUUUUUUCUUUUUUUUUCUAAGAAAUUUUUUUUUGCUAAGAAUAUUUCAUUUUUCUAUUGAUUGAAAUAUAGUUAUGUGUAUUGAUAAUGAUGUUUUUUAUUUUGAAAAUAUGUAAAAUUAAAUAUUUUUAAUAUGUGUCUAUAAACCUAAAAUGAUAACUAAAAUGAAACAGAAAGAGUACUAUAAGUUGUAAGAGUUUUUUUUUUGGUCAAACUAGUUGUAAGAGAUUUAAGUUAGAGAAAUCGAAAGGGAAAUGCUAUUGCUCUUCCGUAAAAUCACAACCAAGUAAAUUCUAUAAAUCAACUUGUCCAAAGAGAGAAGAGAGAAAACAUAAUGGGAACGUGGCCAAGCAGAAGAUAACUAGAAAACCGACACGUGACGACUUGAAGCUGCGACAAAUCUGACAACGUGAAUACAACUGAGAAUAUGACAUGUGUAUUAUUUUUGUGCGACGAGUCUGGUCUUUGUUUAUCGAUGUGUUUGAAUAUUUGGGAAAGCCACGUGGGUGCUCUAAAGUCAUUGACAGAAGUCUUCCAUGAUUCCACGUGUCGUUAAAUGCACCAAAUAAUGGGUACUUUCGGUAUAUUAAGUUUCUCUCAAUUAGACAAGACAGCUUGUAAGAUUGUAAUCUCUCUCGCUUCAUCUAUCUAUCUAAAUUCUCUCGGGCUCUUAAUUUUUUGGAUUUAAUUGUUUUUCCCAUAAUUUAUAUUUUAUAGUGUUCGUACGAGAUUUUCUGGAGAUUGUUAUAAAUUUGUGUGGGAAUUUUAUAAAUAAAAAGAAUCUUCGAAAAUUGUUAUUAGCUCUUAAUUUUCUUGGUACUUGAAUUGCUUUUUAUCAAGAAUAUGUUGAACAUGUCGGAAGCUGAGAAAAGGGCAAACGGAGAGAUCUACCGGAAUAUUCCCCGACGAGAUCUGUUGCAGAGUUUCAUGUCCAAGAAACAGAAACUGUCGGUUCAAGAAGGAGAGGUAGAGAUUGAGCUAGACUUAGGGCUUUCUCUCAACGGUAGGUUUGGUGUGGACCCACUUGCCAAUAAGAGGCUGCUCGUGCGGUCACCUUCGAUUCCUGACUUCGUGGUCAACGAUGUUAGAUCGGAGCUGAGUAGGACUUUCUCGUUGCCGGUGGAGACGGAAGAGUUGUUGAGGAAGAGGAAGGAGUUGCAGAGCUUGAGGAGGCUUGAGGCUAAGAGAAAGAGGUCAGAGAAGCAGAGAAACGCGAGGGAUCAGAAACACAAAGCUGACAAGAUCGUAGAAGAAGGAUCUUCCGGAAGUGGUUCCUCUGGUUUGUCCGAACUCGACAACGCCCCUCCUCCUCCUGUUCAAGCAACAACGAACAAGUCCAAAGAAACAAGCCCAUCAAGUGCUCAAUCUCUGCCGGCGGCUAGAAACAUUAUAGAAGACAUGCCAUGCGUGUCAACCACAGGCGAAGGACCCAACGGAAAAAAGAUCGAUGGGUUUCUUUAUCGGUACAUGAAAGGUCAGGAGGUGAGGAUUGUGUGUGUGCCACGGUAGCUUCCUAACGCCUGCAGAGUUCGUUAAGCAUGCUGGUGGACGUGACGUGACACAUCCCUUAAAGCACAUUGUUGUAAACCCAUCUCCCUUCUUGUGACCAUUAUGGUCUCUCUUUGGGACAAGUAUGUUUACCAAAUUGUUGUAUUCAUUCGGAACAAAUGUCACAACUCGAGGUGUAUAAACAUCAUUUUUUUCUAAAUCGUGGUUCCAGAUUUUUAUAGUAAAAAAAAAUUAUCUA